UACUUUGCAGACGCUGCUUUUAAAUAAAGUUUUUCCAAACAUCCCCAAAUAUUCGGCAUAGUCCUACCCCAUCAUAACAGUACAGUUUUAAAGGACUCUUUGACUGUGGAUGAAGUACUGUCCAUCGAUAGAAUCAAAAGUUCUGCGAUUCAAAGGGAGAUCUCAUCAAGUAUGGCUUGAACCAGAAGGUCUUGGCUCACAUAUUUUGUACCCAAAUGGUAUUUCCUGCACCUUGCCUGAAGAUGUACAAGUAGAUUUAAUCCAUACACUUCCUGGUUUGGAGAAAGCAAAAGUUAUUUACCCAGGUUAUGGAGUUGAGUAUGAAUGUAUUGAUGCACGUCAAUUGAAGUUAACAAUGGAAGCAAAGCUUAUUGAAGGACUGUAUCUAGCUGGACAAAUUAAUGGAACAACUGGGUAUGAAGAAGCAGCAUGUCAGGGACUUGUUGCUGGUGUUAAUGCUGCUUUGAAAUGUUUUGGAAAGGAUGAGUUGAUUUUAAAACGGACAGAGUCUUACAUUGGUGUUCUCAUAGACGAUUUGACGUCAGUUGGAGUGUCAGAGCCCUACAGAAUGUUUACUAGGUACAUAAUA